GCUGUACCUCUGGCGCCCGACUCUAAGGACGCGGCUUUUACAGCUUUGGAACUCGGGUCUGAUCGAAAGAUUACAGGCACAGAGACUCGCCAGGGCUCCUGCCACAGUUUCAACAGGAUGCUGAGUCCAGGAGCUGAUGUGGGACAGGAACAUCAGCAUGGUGGGAAUGCAAUGGUCCUGACGGCUGGGGAGGAAGGAGGCAAGAAAGGGCUUGUACAGAGCGAGCUUGCUCAGGGUGAGCUUGAUCAGGGCAAGCGUGCUCUGAGGGAACUUGCCCCAAUCAAGCCUGCUCAAGAAGAGCUUGCUCAGUCCGGUCUUGCUCAGGAAGCCGUAAGAGUGGCAGAGGAGGGAGAAAACGAAGAAGAAGAAAUGGAAGAAGGAGGUGCUGGCGAUGGUAGUUCUGGCCCCAUGGACAAGGGGAUCCACUUGGAAGGUGACCAUGGCGGCAGUGUUCAACAGCAGCCUCAGCAAGAGGCAGCAAUGCCUGAGGGCUCCAAGAUUCUUCAGGCUGGGGACAAGCUGCCUUUCCAUACCUGCACCAGAAUAACCCAGUCUCAGCUGCUGGGCCUGGAGCAUCUUUUCCAAGCAAUUCCCUACCCCAGCUUGCGGGCAAGGAAAGAUCAUGCAAGAUGGAUCGGUGUGACAGAAGACGAUAUGAUGGAAUGGUUUAGGACCAGGAGAGCCAGUUUCAGGAGAAGCAAUAGACUGGUGGUGCUGAUUGAGCCACCACCUGCUCCCCAGAACAACAAUCCCGGAAGAUUUUGGAGCAGCACAUGAGUGCCACCUCUUUCCAAGAGCAAGAUUUACGGGGCCUGGCCCUGCCCCCACUUUCUUGACCACACAUGCUGGCCAUGACAUCCUUUUCUUUCCUGCAACUAUCUCAGCAAUAAAGAGGUGGAUUCUAA